CUUCAUUUCUGUUCCAUUUCCCAUUCAUCGCGCGUCGUCUCCACCUUUCUUGCUUGUGCCACCAAGCUAUCUCCUCCUCUCCUUCUCCUCUAGCUAGAGCUAGUGCUUCCUCCAUCUUCAGUCUAGCUUCAAUUCAAGCUAGGGAGCAAGCUAGCUAGCUAGCAUGGUGGAGUCUACUACAUCCCUUGUGAAAUUAGAGCAAGAUGGAGGCUUGUUCUUGCCUCCAGGCUUCAGGUUUCACCCGACGGACGCUGAGGUAAUCUUAAGCUACCUCCUGCAGAAGUUGCUCAACCCUAGCUUCACCUCCUUGCCCAUCGGCGAGGUCGACCUCAACAAGUGCGAGCCAUGGGAUCUUCCAAGCAAGGCGAAGAUGGGGGAAAAAGAAUGGUACUUCUUCAGCCACAAGGACAUGAAAUACCCAACUGGCAUGCGAACCAACCGGGCCACCAAGGAGGGCUACUGGAAGGCCACCGGCAAGGACAGGGAGAUCUUCAGGCAGCCUGCAGCUGUUAAUACAAGCAGCUAUGGAGGCAGCAGCAACAAGAAGAAGCAGCUGGUUGGGAUGAAGAAGACGCUGGUGUUCUACAUGGGGAGGGCUCCCAAGGGCACCAAGACCAACUGGGUGAUGCACGAGUUCCGUCUCCACGCCAACCUCCACAACCACCACCCAAACCUUCGUCUGAAUCCCAAGGACGAAUGGGUUGUGUGCAAGGUCUUCCACAAGAAGCAGGGAGACGAAGCCAUCAACAACCAGCAGCAGCAACCACAGUAUGCAGCCGUGGAUCAGUACUCUGCCGAAACCCCCAACAGCGGCAGCUCCGUCGUUCAAGCCGGCGACAUCGACGGCGGCGAUGACUUCUUUCAGCUAGACGACAUCAUUGACCCCAGCAUCUACUUCGUCAGCAACUCUUCCAACAUCUUGUCGGCGCCGCCCAACAACAACAACGCGGUUUAUUCCGUUUCUGCAAGUACGACGACGACUAAUACUACUGCCGUUAGCUUCCAGCAGCAGCCAAACUACUACAGCUUGAUCAACAAAAGCAGCAGCAGCAGCAGCAGCAACUAUAGUGCUCCUCUGCAGCAGCACGUCUCUUCUUGGAAUAUUACGCCUGGAGCUGGAGGAGCCCAUGGAAUUGGAAGCAGCUACUACAACUUGCAGCAGCAGCAGGCAGCAAUGGUGAAAGCCCUAGAAAAUGUCAUUGCUGUCCCGAAUUUUGGUACUCUACUGCCGAGCAGCAACAAGCUGAAGGGUUUAUCGAAGUCGGCGAUGGCUGGGCUUACGCAGCAGAAUCCCCUUGGCGUGCCGCAGUACAAGAUAGAGAAUUAUGGGGAUCAUUACAUAUCACGACAGUAAUGAUCACAUAUACAUAUAUAUUGCAUGCUGCUGCGUUCUGAGAAUUUUUGUGCUCGGCUACUGCAUUACUGAAUUACGUACUGAACAUGGACAUCAUCGAGAUUUAGGAAUAUAUGUGUGUGCAAUUUAUUUUUGUUGACUGCUUCAUUAUUUAGUUCUUCCUAGGUAGCUAGCGAGAUCAUUCGUCUAUAUAUAUUCCGUUUGCUUAAUAGGUUUCUUUUGUAUAUACAAAGGUCGUGUUUGUUUUGUUAAUUAAUUUGUUGGUGCUAACUACUACUGAUUGUUGAUAUGUUGUGGCACAUACAUGUUUGGGAGCCAUUUAUUUAUGAGACUUCUCCUGUUAGUUCUCUA